AUACAAACAUACAGUAUUAUAAGCUUGUGCCUUGUAUUGUUUCGUUGUCUGAUCACUGAUGUAAUGCGUUUUUUUCUUUCAAAUAAAGACGAGCGCUCUUGGAUUAGUAACGGACACGAGACAACGAUUCUAAAUAUAUUAGCCUUCGUUUAUUCUUAAAUAAGAAGUGUUUUUUUACUAAAAGUCUGUUAAAAUGUCGGAUUUAAACACACAUGAUAACGGCAGUGUUGAAAAUGAAGCAGAACAAAGACCGAAUGGAAGUGGAGAUGAAGGCGACGCAUGGGGAAGUCAUGACUCUUCAUCAGCACGUCGCUAUGCCAGAAUGCCCGUCGAUAGGAAUGCACCCUUUUAUAAUAUGAACCAUAAGAAUCGCGGGAUGGCAAUCAUAUUUAAUCAUGAGCAUUUUGAUAUUCACAGUUUAAAAUCACGCACAGGAACAAACGUCGAUAGUGAUAACUUAUCAAAAGUACUCAAAAGCUUAGGUUUCCGUGUUACUAUACUGCACAAUCUUAAGUCUGGUGAUGUGAACAAAUAUUUACAACAAACAGCUGAAAUGGAUCACACUGACAAUGACUGCUUAUUUAUCUCAGUGCUGACUCACGGGGAAAUGGGAAUGUUGUACGCAAAAGAUACUCACUACAAAGCAGAUAAUCUUUGGUACUAUUUCACUGCUGACAAAUGUCCAACAUUGGCAGGAAAACCUAAGCUAUUCUUUAUUCAAGCUUGCCAGGGUGAUAAACUAGAUGGAGGAAUAACACUAUCUAAUAGAACUGAAACAGAUGGUUCCUCAAGUGCAUCAUACAGGAUUCCAACACAUGCUGACUUUUUGAUUGUGUUUUCUACAGUCCCGGGCUACUAUUCUUGGAGGAAUACUACUCGUGGCUCUUGGUUCAUGCAAGCCCUCUGUGAAGAACUCCGCUAUGCAGGUACUGAAAGGGAUAUAUUGACGUUGUUAACAUUUGUAGCACAAAAGGUAGCACUUGAUUUUGAAUCAAAUACACCGGACAUGUUAACCAUGCAUCAACAAAAACAAGUGCCUUGUAUCACGAGCAUGCUCACAAGACUACUUGUAUUUGGCAAAAAACAAUAAACUACCAAAAAUAAUAGCAUUUUAUUGUAUCUUUUUAGUACCAGUAUUAGUGUGAUUUUAGGAAUUGUUUCCGAUUCUCUUUUAACUUAUUAGAUACAACUUUUAUAGCAUUUAUCUUAUUUCGAAAAUUUGUUGUGAAUUGCACUUGUUCCCUGGUUUUAAGUAUGUUUUACUUCAUUGUUACACAAUAUUUUUCUUAUUUUUACAAAUAUAAUUGUAAUGUCAAUUUUUUUAUUAAUCUUAUUCUAUUGUAUUGUAAGUUGCGUUUACCAAUUAAGAUGUCUAAGAAAUUAUUUUAAAUUCAAAACAAUAGUAAAAGUUGCAAUUUAUUAACAGUCUAUGAUCAAUAAAGGUGGAAUAUAUAUUUGUGCUCAACUAUAAAAUGUAUUUAUAAUAAGUAAUGCAUGCACAAAUUCUUAAUAAAAUUAUUUAAUAGUUGCUAACAAUUUUCUAUUGAUAGUAAGUAAGUACUUAAGAAUGCUGCCAUUUUAAAAUAAAAUAAUUAGAAACUAAUAAAAAAAAGUUGAUAUAAAAGUUUGAUCUCAAAUGCUUUUUGAUUAAAUAUCUUUUAUAUUAACAUAAGAACAAAUAACACUUUUCUAAUUAUGUAAAAAUUAAGUACAUAUCACUACUGGGCUCAAAUUAUUAUUUUCAGUGUCAUCUAAUAGUGACUAAAUUUUUUUUAUAUAUUUAUAUUUUCCUAUAGCUCACCUCUAUUCUAAAACUAUAGAGUGCUGGGUAUUAUGUGCUUUGUUUAAUAUUUGUUACAUUUAAUAUAAGUUUAAUUUUGUUUCAUUGAGCUAAGCAUGUUAUGAGAUUAGUGUUUCCUUUUAUACAUAUUUUUCAAGCAAUUGUCAUUUGUUAUGUUUUGCAAUUAACUCUAACUAAUAUAUAAAAUAAGCUAUUCGUAAGGAGUAUGAAGUCAAAUUUGAUACAUUUCCAUAACAGAAUAUCAAUAUAUUCUAUAAUUUUAGUAAAAUCACUUUACCUCAAUGAAAUUGGAUUGAUGUGAUAAGUGUACUGACUGAUGUUAGGGUAUGGUAAGAUUAAGUGAAAUGUCUGUGAGGAGAUCAUUUAUAAUAUUUGUCCCUUCAAAAUUGUGCCUUUGAAAGACACUCAAAUUUUAUAGUAUAAAUUAUUAUUACAGAAAAUAUUAAAAUAUACACAGAAUGAAUCUCUUCAUAGAUGUGAAAUGCAACAAAAUGACAUAUUUUGUUAAUCAUUAUUUUUAUAUUUUGUGUAAGCAAUAAAUUCUCCAA